AACUUUAUAGGCAAAUUUAUGCUCUUUGAAUACCGAGGUUGCUUCACGGGCUGUAUGUACUAUGUAGAUGUACAAUACGAAUUAUUUUCAGAGAAAAUUUGUCUGCUUAUAAUGUGGUCCUACAAUGUCAAGACAAGCAAAAGCAACAGUCGACAGCGAUCAACCACGAGUGGGAUAUUUAUUUUAAGCAAAAUGGCUCCCAAGUUCAAUCGCUUUUAAAGAGAUAUAUUUAACCUACUCGAUUCCGUCUCAUAAAAGCGUACCUUUGCCGUAUAAAAGGCCUUAUCUUUGGUUCUGGGUUUGUAUAUUUCGCUGUGUGGAUGCUGUGAGGUGAAAUCCAGAAGGCAAAUUUGUUUAAUUUCAAUCUUUUCUGUAAAAAACCUUGUCAUCAAUGGCGUCCAGGAGGCAGUUGAAGUGUUUGGUCAGCUUGGUUUGUAGAGGAAGGAGGCCAUUUUCUAUGGUUCCUGAAAGCAGUGCCUCGUCUUUUCCUGUUUCUGAGAAGCUCAUCGAUAUGGAGAAAGAUCAUAGUGCCCAUAACUACCAUCCAAUUCCAGUAGUAUUCUCUGAAGCAAAGGGAUCCUCAAUAUGGGACCCAGAGGGUAAGAGAUAUCUGGAUUUUCUAUCAGCUUAUUCUGCUGUCAAUCAGGGACAUUGUCAUCCAAAGAUUGUGAAAGCAUUCCAAGAACAAGCAGAAAAACUCACUCUUAGCUCUCGAGCUUUCUAUAAUGAUAAAUUCCCCCUCUUUGCGGACUACUUAACACAAUUUUUUGGCUAUGAUAUGGUGCUUCCAAUGAACACUGGUGCUGAAGGUGUGGAAACUGCUUUGAAGUUGGCAAGGAAAUGGGGUUACAAGAAGAAGAGAAUUCCCAAAGAUGAGGCUAUUAUUGUUUCAUGUUGUGGGUGCUUUCAUGGCCGAACGUUGGGUGUUAUUUCCAUGAGCUGUGACAAUGAAGCUACCCGUGAAUUUGGUCCCUUGUUGCCUGGACAUCUUAAAGUUGAUUUUGGUGAUGCAGUUGCCCUUGAGAAAAUCUUUACAGAGCACGGUGACCGAAUAGCUGGGUUUUUGUUUGAGCCUAUUCAAGGAGAGGCAGGGGUUAUUAUUCCCCCUGAUGGUUACUUGAAAGCUGUGAGAGAUCUUUGCACAAAAUAUAAUAUCUUAAUGAUUGCUGAUGAAAUACAAUCUGGCUUAGCAAGGUCAGGAAAACUAUUGGCUUGUGAUUGGGAAAAUGUCAGACCAGAUUUAGUGAUAUUGGGAAAAGCAUUGGGAGGUGGCGUAAUUCCUGUAAGUGCUGUCCUUGCUGACAAAGAAGUAAUGCUUUGUAUCCAACCUGGAGAGCAUGGGAGUACUUUUGGGGGAAAUCCAUUGGCAAGUGCAGUUGCUAUUGCAUCACUUGAAGUGAUCAAAGAUGAGAGACUUGCUGAGAGGUCAGCUACAUUAGGAGAGGAGCUCAGAAAUCAGCUUAUCAAGAUUCAGGAAAAAUUCCCACAAUACAUCAAGAACGUUCGAGGAAGAGGUUUAUUCAAUGCUGUGGAGCUCAAAGGAAAAGCUUUAUCUCCUGUUUCUGCAUAUGAUAUUUGCAUGAAGUUGAAAGAAAGAGGGGUUCUUGCUAAACCAACACAUGAUACUAUAAUUCGGUUAACUCCUCCACUCUCCAUAAGUUUGGAUGAGCUGAAAGAAGGGUCAAAGGCACUUAAUGAUGUGCUGGAAAUUGAUCUUCCAAAGCUGAUGAAGGAAAAGCCACACACUGCUUCCUCAAGUGAUUCCAACAUAUGUGAUCGCUGUGGAAGAAACCUUUAUGCUUCUGAAGAUUAAAAUCUCUUAAACUUCUCAUCUACUACUUGAAUUCCUCAAUUAGAAGCCUAUAAAUAGUGGGUUUUCUCUCAAGUUUUUCUUGAACAUUUUGUACUGUAGAGUGUAGACCGACACUGUGGUUUGAUAUUCUACUCUACUUGAGAUAUAAUGUUCAAUGGCAUGGCUUUAAGAAUUUUGUCUGUUA